AAUUGUAAACAUUCACAUGUGCAACUUGUGAGAUUUUAUUAAGAAAACAAAAAAUUAAAAUUAGUAUUAAAAAUUAAUAUUAUAAAAUGUGCAGCAUAGGUGAAGAUGACUUUGGAGAUGAGGGUGGUGUACAUGCCAUGAUUCCCGAUAUUAAACCUCAAUUGGAGAGCAAUUUAAUAGAGGAACAACUGCUGUGCAACAAAUGUAAGAAACCAGGAGCUAUUUACAAAUUACCAUUUAGACAGGCGGAAUGUCGAGAGUGUUUUCUACUAUAUGCACGUCAUAAAUUUCGUGCUGCUUUAGGUUCAUCGAAAGUUUUACCCAAAGAUGCAAAAGUUAUAUUGGUUUUUGAUGGCAGUGCCGAGUCAUUGGUAUUACUGGAUAUGUUGCAUCAUGCUCAAACACAAAAUACCUUUAAACGUUUGCAUUGUACGGCCACUGUUUUGUACAUAGACGAUUAUCAAUUACUGCAUCAGGAUGGAAAUGGAAAUGAGAAUGACUAUUUGGAAUUUCUGGAGAAAAUGCAAAUAUUGCUUAAACAAUAUACCCAUUUUGAGAGUUAUAUUGUUCCUUUGGUUGAACAGCAAGAAGUAGAAAGGUGUUUGUUAAAUUUCAAUUGUAUAAAGGAACAAAAUUAUCAUCUGCUUAAUCAGGACCAAAAGCAAUCAUUUUUAAGUUCAAUUAACUCCAUAAAAUCUUUAACAUCCCGCCAGGAUUUUGUUAAACAUCAUCGCAGUAAAUUGAUAGCAGCUGUAGCUAAACAUUUUGAUAGUAAAUUUGCCUUUAUGUCGGAUAUAAGCUCGGAUCUAGCAACCGACUUAUUGGCAGCGGUGGCUUUGGGUAGAGGUGGCAGUGCUGCCUUAGAUGUGGCCUUGGUCGAUGAUCGUUUAGGCAAUGAUAUUAAGUUAAUAAGACCUUUAAAAGAUUUAAAUACCAGCGAAAUUGAGUUAUAUCUAAAAGCCCAAGAUAUACAGAUACUACUGAUAAAACGUUAUGGUUUGGAUAUGGGUUCAACUGCCAGUUUACAAAAUUUAACUAAAGUGUUUGUGGACAAUUUACAACAGAAUUUCUCAGCUACAGUAUCGACGGUAUUUCGUACGGGUGAUAAAAUUGCUGUUAAUCGGGAUGUAGUAAAACAAUUGGAGGCACUUAAUAUGAAUGGCGAAAAUGAUAAUUUGGCGAUAAAAGAAAAAUAUUGCUCUUUUUGUAACUCCUUUUUAGAUUAUCAAGAUUCUAAUACUCUACUAGCGAUAGAGUUUUCUAGAUUGGUAUCAGAAAGUGGUUGCACUUUGGAUAAAUGCCCUGAUUUAAAUGCAAAGGCCACAGUUAAUGUUGGAGGUUCAGCAGAAAAGCCUUAUUUAAAGAAUCUGUGUCAUGCUUGUCGUAAUAUAUGUUUAGAAUCGAAAAAUAAAAAUUUAUUGCUUUAACUUUAGCAUUAGUUAAAUAAAUGUAUGACCAUUUCGUAUAUUUUAAUUAAAAAAGUAAUA